ACGGAUGUUUUAAGCUGUUUUCGUGCUUUUCGGUAUUGUGCGUUUUACUCCCCCUUUCUACUACGGUACGGUACGAUCAUUAUCAAUUAUCACUUUUUGGAAGUGUGUUUUUGGUUUGUUUCGGGGGGAAAACGGCGGAAAAUAUAUCGGAGGGUUACCGGUUCUAGAGGUUUGUGUGAGUUAGCUGUGAUUGAGCUCACUGUUGCCUGAAGUGAGUGAGCCAGUAGCCGACAAUGGAGGUCAGAUAAGCUGACCAAGAGUUCGCCAAGUGUUAUCAGUUCGUAAACCUUGUUUGUUUAUCGACAUUUACGCCAACAAAGAAAGAGUGCCACCUAGUGGAUUAAGUGUGCAACAUGCUGCAAGCCGCUGACACAUCUUUUGCGUCGACCGAGUCCUCGCGACGGAGGUCCACGUUCUACGUGCCGCUGAACAACUCCUGCCACGAAGCCGCCCUCGAGGGCGAAGAGGAUGGUCCACCGGCCACCCCAGUCCGGGUAGAACCGGACUACACCAAGCGCUCGCUGGAGCGCAUCUACAACCCCGAUCUCAGUGCCUGCAGUUUCGAGUGGAGCUUGGACGAUUCGCUCAACUCCUCGAACAACCUGCUCGUCAGCAGCGAGCGGGAAAACAAACUCAAACGAUACGGCAUUGUUCUAAAUGCCAGCGUCAACAUCGACGACGACGAAACCGCGUGCCAUCAGCAGAAGCAAAGCAACACCUCGACGCCGAUCCGGCUCAUGAAGUCCCGCAGUCGGAACAACAUCCUCAACCUGCCGGAGAAGCCAUCCCUCGUGCCUUCCCCCGCCGCCAAGGAAAAGUCCAAAACCCUGCCCCAGAACAUGUCCCCCGCCAACACGUUCCCGCCCAAAAGUUCCUUCCUGCUCAAGUCAACCCCCAAGAUCUCCCUCAACUACUCGUCCGAUCUCGGCGUCCUCAACAGCUCCUCCCACUCCGGAGAUCCAACCUGUACCCCCUCCCCCCACUCCGCCCUGUCCCCCAAGAAAUCCCUCUCCUUCAUCCGGCGGACACACUCCACCAAACUGUCCCGCAGCAACUCCCUGCUCAAGUCCCUCACCUCCAAGUGCGUCGACCAAAGCGCCGAACACCUGAAAAUCCUCGUCAAAGAGCUGGACUUUGGCCGGCUGGAAAAGUUCGUUCGCGCCGAGCGCGAAAAGGCCGACGAAAUGGUGCGCGACCUGUUCCUGCGCUGCAAGGACUCCGACAAGGACGAGGACAGUGCGGUCCAUUCCGACACAUCAUACGAGAAAGCAUGUCGAAGAGGAUCCGCUCCGAGCACACCCGUACUGGGUCAAAAGUCAGAAUCUACCUCCCGGUUCACCAACUUCUUCUCCAAACGUUCCUUCCGGUCGAACCCGCUGAAGCGCACAAAGUCCGUCACGAAGCUGGAGCGAUCGAAGCGCGGUCAGGGCGGGCUGCGAGGAUCGCGAUCGCACGAGAGCUUGCUCUCCAACCACGCCGUCAUGUCCACCGUGGAUCUGUCCUGCAUCGGUGCGAUCGGCGUGGUGCCGGUGCACUCGUCCGUGCUCGGCCGAAGGCACUGCUUCCAGGUGCGGGGAGGUCCACGGGGCGAGCGGUACUAUAGCUGCGGGUCGCGACAGGAGCGCGAUCUUUGGAUCUACAGCCUGCGGAAGUCGAUCGCGCCGAACGCGGAGAACACGAGGCGGACGGACAACUCGCUGAAGAUGUGGAUCUACGAGGCGAAAGCGCUGCCACCGAAGAAGAAGUACUUUUGCGAGAUCAACCUGGACAAGACGCUGUACGGGCGGACGUCGGUGAAGCUGCGGUCGGAGUUGUUGUUUUGGGGCGAGUACUUUGACUUCCCGGACGUGCCGGAUAUCAACGUGAUAACGGUGAACGUGUACCGGGAGGGUGAGAAGAAGAAGAAGCGCGACAAGCACGCGUUGGUCGGGUCGGUGAAGAUCCCGAUUCAUGAGGUGACGUCGCGGACGUUCUCCGAGGAUUGGUAUCCGAUCAUCGCCGAGAAGCACGACAGUAUCAGCAAGAACUCGUUUAAGGAGCCGAUCCCGACGCUGCGGAUAAAGUGCCGGUUCCAGAGUAUAGAUAUUCUGCCGUUUGGGGUUUACGGGGAGUUCCUGGACUACCUGAAGGAGAACUACAAGAAGGUUUGCGAGAUCUUGGAGCCAAUGAUCGGGGUGAAGGCGAAGGAGGACAUUGGGCAGGCGUUGGUUCUGCUGAUGCACGCCCAAGGGAUGGCCGCGGCCUUCCUCACCGACGUCGUUGCGCUCGAUCUGCUGAGGGUCGGCGAUCAACGGCUUACCUUCCGUGGAAACUCACUCGCGACCAAGAGUAUGGAAGCUUUCUUGAAACUCACCGGCGAGCAGUACCUCCAGGACACGCUUUCAACCCCGAUCUCCGAGAUCAUCUCGUCCGAUCGCGACUGCGAGGUCGACCCGUUGAAGGCAAACGGAUCGCUGUCUCGACAGCAGCAAGCCCUCCGUAACGCAGUGAAGGCGGCCUGGAACAGCAUCGCUGACAGCAGCAAGAACUUCCCCGGUCAGCUGCGGGAUUGCUUUUCGACGUUCCGCGAGCGGCUGCAGAUGCUCGAUCGCGAAGACAUGGCCGACAACUUGAUCAGUGCGUCGAUCUUCCUGCGGUUCCUCUGCCCGGCGAUCCUGUCUCCUAGUCUGUUCAACAUUACGAAUGAGCUGCCGUCAACGCGAGCUACCCGGAAUCUGACGCUGGUCGCGAAGACCCUUCAGACUCUGGCAAACUUUACCCGCUUCCAGGGCAAGGAGAACUUUAUGGAAUUCCUCAACGAUUUCCUCGAGCAGGAAGCACCACGAAUGAAGCAAUUCCUCCAUGACAUCUCGACGCGAUCGGAAGGUCCCGUGCAGGAAAGUAUCCUCGACUGGGCUGGGUACAUCGACCAGGGCAAGCAACUCUCAAUCCUGCACACGCUGCUAACCGAGAGCAUCCAGAAGCUCCCGUCUGCCAAGCAGGCUGAGCUGCAUCCACUGCCGAGCAUCCUGGAGUCGAUCACGAUCGCUAAGGAAACCAACAACUUCAUCACCACCCAGCAGCAAAUGCCUCAACCGCAGCCCCAUCCCAACCAAGAGAACCAAAGCCUGGCCAUCGCGCCGAAGCCCGCCGAACGCGGAAUCAUCCGAGGCGUCCUCACGCCCACCUCCCUGGAGAAGAACAUCUUCCGGUACAACGACCCUACCGUGCGACCACUGCUCAACCAGAACCAGAGCACCAACUCGCUGCAGCACUCCCACUCCACCUCCAGUAUUAACUCGGCCUCGAACAUCCACGUCGUUCAGCACCACAGCGUGUCGUCCAGCUCGAACGACAAGUACCAAAUGCCGGUGGGAUCGCUGCGAACGUACGGCACCGUGUCCCAGUACUACACCACCAACUCCAACUCCGCCAACAUCGGCAGCUUAAAGACGGAGAAGGAAAAGAGUCCGGUGCUGAACUGCGGCAUGCGGGCCAGCACACUGCCGCGGAACAACGCCAUCACAGUCAGCAACGGGAACAUCAACGGCGACCUGCACGAUGAUCACGCCAACGCCAACAACCUCAUCCAGAUCGGGUUCGACCCGAGCAACCCGUUCAACCGGAAGAGCCCAACCCCGCUCCUCAAGUCCUCUACCCACAUCAACGGCAGCCGGAGUCGCAACCUGAACGGAUCCCAGCUGAGUCUCCUCUCCGACAUCGGCAAGAACCCACUCAGCCUGGGAAUCCCGCACAACGAGAUGGCCACCAGCUCAACCCCCACCCCAACCCCAGCCUCCAACCCCUCCAACAUGCCCAUGAGCCUGGACGACCUGGAAGAUCUCCUCAACUACGCCGACGAGCAAAACCUCGAAAACCAAAAAGGCAACAAAGACCACCAACUGAUCAGCAAGGGCUCCAACAUCUCGAUCGGCCAAAUCUCCAACAUCUGCAGCUCGGGCUACCAAAGCAUCACAACCCAGUCCCAAAGCUCCAGCCCGGUCGAACUCGGCAGCAACCAGCAGCAGCCCCAAAUCGAGUACGUCACCAACAAGGUCCCGCCACCGCGCAAGCUCAGCAGCACCAAGUACGGCUUCAUCAACCAGCGCUACACGAACGCCAACAACAACAACAACGUCGAUCAGGACGGCCAGUACGCCCCGCUCGCGUACAAGAACCCACUCUACCACCACGGAAGCAACGCCACGAACAACAACAACAACACGAAUGCCGCGUUGAACGCGUACAACAACAACCUGAUCAUCGGAAGUAAUGGGGCGGGAAAUGGGAAGCUGGCGCCGUACAAGAGUCAUCUCAGUACGAUCGGAAGUGGAAGUGGGAAUUUGCACACUUCGAGCAGUGACGAGCGGUUGAGUACGACAAACGAUAACUAUCGGGAGCUGGACUCGCUGAACAGUGGAAGGGUUGAGGGUGGUGGCGGGAACGGCGGGAAUGGGUUCGAGCCGUUUGGAGGACUGCACGGACGGAGGUUGGGAAGUAGCCGGAUGCCGCGGACUAAUCCGUUGAUGCAGUACAAACGCGAAGACCCCAUCGAACCGCAACCCCUCAGCAGCAACUACUCCUCGGGUGGUGGCGCCCUCAACGGCUCCGGUCGCGACCACCACCACUACGGCAGCAGCAAUGGCAACGGCACCGGUGGCCGCUACCAGCGCCGCAUGAGCAUCGACUCGGGCCGAACGCUGUCCGAUAGCUCGACCGACACCGAGAGCGUCGGCGUUCCCAAGCAGUACCCAUCUGCCAUCGGGUUGGGCGUCGGUGGUCACCUGGUGUUGGGCGGUUCCGGCGGAGGUGGCGGGAGUGAGAGCAAGAGGCGCCACCAUCGCACCAGCACGAGCAAAUCGGUCGAGCAGUGCGAACGCGAAAUCCAACGACUUCAGGCUUCGGUGGACGAGCUGCGCCAGAAGCUGGAAGAAUCCGAACUGAAGGAGGUCGCCGAGGAUCUGGAGGCGAUCUCGCACCACAGCGACAGCAAAAUUCGCAGCAUCAUUGGACGGCUCCUGGCGAUGGAGGAGGAGCUCCGGCGCGAGCAGUACAAGAUGUCGCUGGUGUUGACGCACAAGCAGCGCGUGAUCGAGGCCCAGGGUCAGCAGAUUGCGGCGCUGGACGCGGCCAACAACCGGCUGCUGACGGCGCUGUCCAGUCUGCGCAACCGCUACGAGAACCAGUCCUCGAACCAAAGCGACACGAGCUCGCCGGCGCCGAACGCGAGCGCGUCGUCCUGCUAGAGGAGAGGAUGGAACACUCUGAAUCAGCUCUCUCUGUUUUACCUGCUAAGCUGAACAAAAAAACUCCUUAUCAAUUGUAAAUACAAGUCUACGUUUAAAGAAAAACAGUUUUGAUAUAUGUUAAAUUUUAUGAUUUUUAAAUUAUUUAUUGUAUAAAAAUUGUGCACACUUGUAAACGAGGUUGAACAGUGAAAAAUUAUACUUUUACAUAUAGAUGAUAAUCACAAUUGAACAUUUUAUUUAGUUUUUUGGUUGAUGGAACAGCACAAAAUUUCCGAAACACGCAAAAAUGUAACGUACUUACGUAAGAGAAAAACAAAAAAAGAAGAAAAUCCAAAUCCCACUGAGGAAAACCUGUCGACCUGCUGUUGAAACUGCCUCGAACCAACAACUUCUUCGUUCAAAACCAGUAUUUUUUUGUGUUUGCGAGCACCUUUUCUUUGUGGAAAACUAAACGACCCAACCUAGAAAGGGGCCUUACACAGUGUAGAACAUAUCUCUACCAACCUACCCUAACUACCCUCCCGCACACACAUAAUGUAUCUAUAAAUCAACAAUUUUACACACCCUAAACUUACGCGUUUAUUCGUUCAAGUAGAGUACUGAAGAAAAGAAAAUCAAUAAUUAAUCAAACAUAACCAAAGAACACAUUUCAUUAAUCGAAAAAUAAAAACAACCUUUUUUGCGCGUCCCCAAAAAAACAUAUUAUGAUUAGAGCGAGUUACAUUUAUAUAUUUGCCGGGCUGUAAAGCUUACGCACGUGUCCGCGCGUUUGAUCGUUUGUUUGUGUAAUGAAAAUUAAGAGUAUCACAUCUAUCACACACACACCACCUUGCUAUUUUGUAGAGAAGAGAAAACAAGAAAAACUUAUCACGUAAUCAUGAAAUAUAUUGAAAACCUUGAAAAAUUGAA